AAAAAGGCAUUCGUGCAGCACUCGGUCCAUGCGUCGAAGCUUCAGCUUAACGCGGUUAACGAGAACCUGGUGUCUGCUUUCGCGUAAAGGCGCACCGUUCUUGGGUGGCGCGGGUGCUGCUGGGUAGUGGGGAGGGCUUUUGUUGAGAGUUUACGGGUCUCCGCUUUUUUCAUUUGAGAAAACAUAAACCAUGCUUUUUGAAGGACGUCGCUUCAGUUUUUGCUGCUCUGUCAGGAUGUUGGCAGCUCUAGUAUUUAUUCUGCUUUGUGUCCAGCCUGGACACGGACAGACCUGCUCGGAAGGCUUUACCUUUGACCGUAGGACGAGACAGUGUAUAGAUGAGGAUGAGUGCCGUGCCGAGCCAGACGCAUGCCGAGGAGACAUGCGGUGCGUGAACCAGAACGGAGGCUACCUGUGCAUCCCCAGGAGGCUGUACGAGCAGCCGUACCGACCGGAGAUCCCGGCCCGGCGCGAGCCCGUUUACCCGGACCCGUCCGACCCCUUCCUCCCGGCUCUGCCGAGAUUUGUGGAGCCCAGCUACCCCCGAAUGAGGGCCACUGCGCAGUGCCUCCUGGGAUAUACUCCUGCUGAGGACGGCAGCUGUGAUGACAUUGAUGAAUGUGAGACGAACUCUCAUCACUGUAACCCCACCCAGGUCUGCAUCAACACAUCAGGCGGCUACACCUGUUCCUGCAAUGAAGGAUACUGGCUCAUCGGCGCACAGUGCCAGGAUAUUGAUGAAUGUCGCUAUGGUUACUGCCAACAGCUGUGCGCCAACGUCGCUGGCUCUUACUCCUGCUCCUGUAACCCCGGCUUCCUCCUCAACCCAGACGGCAGGACCUGUCAAGAUGUGGACGAGUGUGAGGAAGAGCCGUGCACUCACGGCUGCUUCAACACCUACGGCUCCUUCAUGUGCAACUGUGACGAGGGAUUCGAGUUGGCGUCCGACGGAACUUCUUGCAUUGACUUGGAUGAGUGCAGCUUCUCUGAGUUUCUGUGUCAGCACAGAUGUGUGAACACCCCCGGCUCUUUCGCCUGCGUCUGUCCGCCCGGAUAUUAUGUGUAUGAGGACGGCAGGAGUUGUGAAGAUAUCAAUGAAUGUGACACUGGUAACAACACCUGUACAACAGCACAAGUAUGUUUCAAUUUCCAGGGAGGCAAUACCUGCCUGGAUGCUUUACAGUGUCACUCUCCUUACAUCGAAGUUAGUGACAACCAGUGCAUGUGUUCGUCGGAGAACCCUGCCUGCAGGGACCAGCCCUUCACUAUUCUGUACCGACACAUGGACUUGUCGUCGGGGCGCAGUGUGCCUGUAGACAUCUUCCAGAUGCAGGCCACCACGCGCUACCCCGGCGCCUUCUACAUCUUCCAGAUAAAGUCGGGCAACGAGGGGCGAGAGUUUUACAUGAGGCAAACCAGUAACGUGAGCGCCACGCUGGUCUUGUCGCGGCCCAUUCGGGGUCCCAGAGAGCUGGUGCUGGACCUGGAGAUGGUCACCGUCAACAACGUCAUCAACUUCAGAGGCAGCUCCAUCAUCCGCCUGACGGUGUUUGUCUCAGAGCAUCCGUUCUGAGCGUCCAGAAAUGGAAUAUUCACUGCCCCCCCCCCCCCACCCCUCGGAGAGUCGAGUUGCACGUCAUCUGCAGCAGAUGUCAUGGUUUGUUUUUGAGAAAGCGCAUCACCUUUUAUUUUUAAUUCGUUUUUAUCAUUGUGUCAUCUUCCGUAAAGACACGUCCGAUAAAGACUCAGCCAAGAUCAGCUGAUGGGAAAAGCAUCCCGGUGCUCGAAUCCCCGCCCUGGCCUAAUGGACACUGAGCUUUUAUGGCCGCGAUUAUGGACUUUCGACACGGAGGGGUAUUUAUGGUGUACAAUUUCUGACAUCCUCUAUUUAGAAAAUGAUGGGAAUCACCCUCGCUGAGCACCAGCGUUAACACAAUACCGUUUUUCUUUUCACGAGUUUGCCCAGUUGUCUGUGAAUUUUCAUCCCUUCAGAGAAGCUGUGAAAUUCUUUCAUUUUAAGAGCCGUCAGAUCAUUGUCCUGUUUUUUGUUUUGAGACGGUUAUCUGAGCUGAAGUGUGCAUUUGCAUUGGCAAUAUUUGAAAUUAUGUAACAACCAGUCAUUAACUGAAUUAUUGAUCACAAUUAUUUUUUUCUGUCCAAUAAAUGUUUUCACCACACAACUGUGUCUCUGGCAUGAGCAGAACCUGAGAACACGCUUUAUUUUAGAAUUAUACGGCCAUGUAUUUAAUGCAUAUACAGGACUGUCUCAGAAAAUUAGAAUAUUGUGAUAAAGUUCUUUAUUUUCUGUAAUGCAAUAAAAAAAACAAAAAUGUCA